UGUUGACAUAGGUGAAAUUGAUGAAGAGACAAUACAAAUCAAUAUGUCAAUAUAACGUCAAUUUACACUAUAACCCAUUUAAACAGACAUAUUUUGUAUUAUAUAUAUAAUAAAAAAUAAUGAAUCAACUUUCUGGAAAAUACGUUAACGUGGUGCUUUCGGUGGAAUGCGGAAGAGGAAUGGAUUUUUUGAGAAACAAUGUAUUCAUAACUGCAAACUUCAAUGGCAGAAUAUUAGAAUCAGACACAAUUCCACCAGAUGAAUCUCCUGCGUUCAAUACAGAACUCGUUUGGGAAGUGGAAAAGAAAGAGCUUCGUAAAAUUAGGUGCGGAAAUGUACCUCUUCGAGUUGAAUGUAUAACGGUAGAUCCCCUAAAUCGAAAAGAACGAAUUGGAUUCGCACUUUUGAGUCUUCGAAGUGCCAAAAUAGUACCGCAAGUCCUUGCUGAUCAGCCAGUGGUUUCUACGUGGCAUAAGUUGAUUGGUUGUCAAGCGGAUAAAAGAAAAUGCCAUCCCGAGCUAUAUAUUUCAUUAUCUGUUAGAGAUCAUAUGGUUAACGAACAAGUUAAUAUCGAUUGUCAAAGCGCUGGAAUGCCUUUCAUUUUAGAAGAAGACAUUCAAUCAGUGGAGGAGCAAUUAGUGACUAAAGAAUGCCUGAUUAAAUAUUUCGAAAAUGGCCAUAUUCAAAUAGGAGAUGAUGAUGUGGCUAAUAUUUCCUAUACACUUAACUUAACAUUGGUGGAGGUAUUUAAUUUAGAUUCACUGUUGACUGAAUCGAUUGUUUUCCACAAUAACAGCAGCAGCAGUUUCUUUUUAACAUUUAAAAUUCUUGGUAUUAUCAUAAAAACCAAACCGUUCGAAAAUCAAAUGUGCGAUCACGUUCUUUUGAAUGAAAAAAUCGUUGUCAAUUUACUAUCAGCUAAAGAAAUAUUGGAAGAUUUUCUUAAAACCCAAGCCGUAUCUAUAAGUUUUUACCAUGGUUAUGAUAAAUUGGGCAUAACAAGGCUAAAUUUCGACAAAAUUUGGAAUAAAGAAGCCAUUAAAUAUUUUUUUAAAAUUCCCGACGGUGUUGUUCCUUUUGAAGGUACUGAUAAAUCUCCAUAUAUAUCAAUUGAAGCCUGGAUUGAAGAAAAUAAUGAUGUGAAGGAGGUUGAUCACGCUUUACAAGAUAAUGGUGAAGAACUAAUAGAAAAAACGAAAACUCGCAGUAUAUUUUCAAAUGUUUGCAAAACGUCCGCUCGAGAUAUUGAUUAUAAAAAUAUACAUAAUACGGAGGAACCGGAGAAACCACAAGAACCUGUAGUAUUAUCAAUAACAAAAUCUGUAGAUACGGUGAUUGUAAGCGAAACUUCGACUGACAGAUCAUUAGCAGUUUUUGAUUCCUAUGAAAAGUUUAUAAUUAUAAUAAAUUUGAAAUAUUUGAUAUGGACAUCUUCUCCUCCGGAUAAUAAGAUUAUGUUCAAAUUUCUCCAUCCUCGAGCUGGUAAUUGCACCACAAUAUUCACAGAAGUUAGUAUUAAUUUGAAUGAAGAGAUACCUCUUAAUAAUUUGUACGUAAGAAUUGCAUACAUAUCGUCAGCAACUAGGAUAACACAAUUAUUGAAAUAUUGGCGUCCAAAAUUAGUCCUUGCUGAUAAAAAUGAGAAAUACAUGACUGAUAAACGAACUAUAAAGCUUGAUUUUGUUGAGAAUGGAUCCGUGGAUUACGAAGAAGAGUUUAUUAGUUUGAAUAAUUCGUUUCCAUUAGCCAAAAUUGGUUUAAACGUUAAUUUAAACGUGUCUGAUAUCACAAUAGGAGACGAUUACGAAAAUCUAUUUCUACUUCCCGUUAUUGUAGAUGAUGUUAUAACAGUCAACGAAAUUAUUGACUUGGAAAAAUGGAAGCACGAGUACAAAAUUUUAUUCCAGAAUGAAUCAGAAAAUAUCAGAAAAAAAGAAAUUGCGCGACUUCAGGAUGAAUACGAAACGAAGAGAAAAGAAUUACAAGAUAAGUUGAAUGAAUCAUUGGAAAAAUGUAAAACUAUACAAGAUCAAUUAAAGAAAAAGGUGACUGAAAUGAAAAUCGACAAGGAAUUCAAGGAAAGCCAGAGAAGCAGUAAAGAUUUAUAUGAGAAAAUUUUCAAGGAAAACUGGAAACGAUAUUCAGAAAACAGCGUACAACAAUUAAUAGAGGUAUUGAGUAAAACACAGAGAGAUAACGUUUUGCUUAAAGAAAUGUGUGAGAAACACCAAGAAAAACUUUCUAAAAUUGGCGAAUCUACGCACCCCAAAGCUCAAUCUGAUAACCUUUUACAAGAGUUAGAGAAGCUUGAAGAACAGUUCAUGGGAGCUCAAGCAGCAAAGUGUUAUUUAAAAGAAAUAUUGGCAAAAUCGUGCGAAGCUUCAAACAGUUCUGAUACCGCGGUUGACAAGAGCAGCGAGGGAGUAGACUUGAGAAAGUAUAAAGGAUUUUAUACAGAACAAGUCCAAUUUGAGUAAUUGGGAAAUAAAAAUAUAUAUUCUA